GAUAAGCGUUAAAUUUGGCUUAUCACCUAAUGACCGGCCUAUUAAAAGAAAAGUUUUUGGUAACAACCGAACAGUUCGAGCGUAACAUUGCCAGUUAACGGAUUGACAAUAUGGUUGUACUCAACAUUAAAAACGAGGAGCUGGAGCAUGGCCAACAGAAGGAGAACAUAUUGGAGGACAAGCUGAUCUUUCCCGAUUUUCGCAGCGGCCCGUUGGACGAAUAUAGAAAGAAAGCAAGCUUCUGUUACAAGCGCCUCAACAUUGUGCUCGAGGGAGCCGACCACAUCCGGCUGAAGCACAAGGUCUGGCAAUGGAUGGAACAGCACCCCGAUUUUCAGAGAGAGCCGGAGGUGCCCAGUUUGGAGCGAACACGUCAGUUGGCCAAUAAGAGGCACCAUUUGCUCUGGGAGCAGAACUUUUUCGGCGUCAACGAGUACCUCUCCACGCCACAUUUGCUGCUGGCAUUUGGACAGGCCAUCUUCAGCUAUGACUUCAGCGCCUCGGUCAAGUUUUCUCUCUCGAAUGGCAUGUUUCCCAGCACUUUGGUGUCCAAUGGCACUGGACGCUUGGGCAAGUAUGUGGCCAAGAUAGCAGAUAAUCGCAUACUGGGCGCCUACGCGUUGACCGAAAUCUCACAUGGCACCAACGCGCUGGGCAUGCGGACACGCGCGACUUACGAUGUGAAGACGCAGGAGUUUAUUAUCCAUACGCCGGACUUUGAAGCGGCCAAGUGUUGGGUGGGAAACUUGGGCAAGACCUGCACACAUGCCAUUGUUUAUGCGCAGCUCUAUGUGCCGGAUGAUAAGCAUCAGGGCUUGAACAUGUUCCUGGUGCCUAUUCGCGAUGAGCGCACGCUGUUGCCCUUCCCGGGCGUCACAGUCGGUGAUCUCGGCGAGAAAAUUGGCCUCAAUGGCAUUGAUAAUGGCUUUGUAAUGUUCGAUCGCUAUCGCAUUCCGAAGGCGAACUUGUUGUCCAAGACUGGCGACAUUGACGAGCACGGCAAUUACAGCAGUCCCAUUAAGGACAAUCGCAAGCGCUUGGGAGCUUCAUUGGGCGCCUUGUCUGCCGGACGUGUCAAUAUUUGCGCCAUCACGUACGUGGCCCUCAACAAGGCGAUCAGCAUAGCUACGCGCUAUUCGGUUAGUCGCCGCCAGUUCGCUCCGAACGACAAGGCGGAGGAGUGGCCCGUCAUUGAGUAUCAAUCGCAGCAAUACCGGCUGCUGCCCUAUUUGGCCACCACGAUCGCGAUGCGCGUCGUUACACUGUGGAUUGGCAUCGAGAACACAAACAUGACUAUGAAGGGGUUCAUGGGCGAGGACACUUCGAAGAUGGGCAUGGAAAUUCACGCCAUUUCGUCGGCUCUCAAGCCAGCCUGCACCUGGGCGGCCCGGGAUGGCAUUCAGGAGUGCCGCGAGGCCUGUGGUGGUCAUGGCUAUCUCAGGGCAAGCGGUCUGGGCGAUUUGCGCAACGACAACGAUGCCAAUUGCACUUACGAGGGCGAGAACAAUACUCUGAUACAGCAGGCCUCCAACUGGUUGGUCGGGUUGCGUCGCAGCAACGCAGACUUCCAAGAUGUCUCGCCUUUGGGCACUGUGGCGUUCCUGAAGGACGCCAAUCUUCUGCUAAAGGCUCAGGCUAAUGAGCGUAGCGUGCUGGAGGCCCUGGAUGUGAACAAUAUUCUAAAAGCUCUUAACUGGUUGACCGCCUGGCAGUUGGAUAAGACAGUCGAACGUUUCGAGGAGCUUCGCAAAGCUGGCCGAGAUGCUUUCGAAACGCGUAACAACAUUCAAGUGUUUGCCGCACAAAAACUAUCCAUCAUCUACGCAGAGCACACCAUGUACUAUGUGUUCCACAGAUUUGUCACCGAGCUGCCGGCUUCCGCUGAGAAGGAUAUUCUGGUGAAAGUGUUGGCCUUUUACGGUGCGAAUUUGGUGGCAAAGUACUCGGCACUUUUCUACCAAGGUGGCUAUUUCCGCAACAACGCGCACAUCGAGCUCUACCAGCGGGGCAUACUGGAGCUACUGCCUGUGCUGAAGGAUCAGUCCAUAGCGCUGGUGGAUGCCAUUGCGCCCACAGAUUUCAUACUCAACUCGCCACUGGGCAUGAGCGACGGCAAUGUGUACCAGCAUUUACAGCGCACCAUUGUGUCCACGCCUGGCGUUUACGAGCGUCCGGAUUGGUGGCGCGAAGUCACAUACAAAGAUUAUUUAAAACGCGCCAAGUUGUGAACCAGAGUAUUUGUAGGCGUUAUUCCCUUUACUUAAAUGCUUAAACACGGGUGAUUUGUGCAUUAUUAUCACUAUUUACUACACUCAUAGAAAAUCAUUGUUAUACAUUUGGUUAGGUUUUAAUCUUACGUACGAUCACAGUCAAAAAACGGCGUGGAUGUUGCUAAAUAAGUUAUGUACAUACGAUAUCGAUCUAUCAAAAUAUAAACUAAAACACAGUAGA